GGAGAAACAUGUCAGGGUUAAGGAAAACCAAGAGGCUGUUGUGGUAAUCUUUGAUAAGAGCACUCAAUUCCAAACCCUAGAAUGUGAAGAGAGGCACUGGCUUGAGUACACUUGUAGUAGUGCCAAAGAAGUUGGGGGGUCACUAUGGUUGCAAAUGAGGAGAAUGAGUUGA